AUGGACUGGAUUCAUGAUGCAUCGUUUUUCCCCAUGCAUAUGCGCACUACCAUGGACAAACAUGGGCACAUGUCUAUGGUAGCGGUACCGAUUGGAGCUCAAGGCCUCACGGAAGAUGACCUCUUACUUGAGGAGAUCGAUUCGGGAGAUGGCGAUAUGGAAGAUGAAGACAGUAAUAACGAAGAUUAUUAUGGUAAUGAAUAUCCGGAUCAAGACGAAUGGGACGCUCAAAGCGACAGUAGCAUUGAUUUCUAG